CAAGGCCAAGGGGGCCAAACUCCUUCUCCUCUUGGAUCUGUUUUACAAUAAUUUGAUUCCAGAUUUUGAUUCUCUACACAAAACAUUUUUGGUAGAGAAUUCAUUCCAAAUGCUGGUGAUCACAUAGCUGCUCAAGAAUUUGCAUGGGAACGAAUUUAUCUUCUGUCCUGAUUAUGCCUUGUAAUCCAAUUCGUGGCAAGAGAUGAUAUCAAGGUGUUUCGAAGCCAAUCGCAGAUUUUCUCCCCCCAUCUCCCAACAAGUUGCAUUGUGUCUGUGUGUAAGAAUUUCCCUGGAAUUUGAUUCUUAGAUCUGUCUGAAAACUUUCAAGAAUGGAGCAAUUCAGACAAAUUGGAGAAGUAGUGGGGAGUUUGAAGGCAUUGAUGGUAUUCCAGAACAACAUUUUUAAUCAGAGACAGUGUUGUUUGUUGGUAGAUAUGCUUACUUCUGGAUACAAAACAAUUGCACAGCAGAUGAAGCAUAAUCUGAGAUUUGAAGAGAGGAACACGAAAUGGAAAAUCAUCGAACACCCGUUGAAAGAGCUCCUCAGAGUGUUCAAAGAAGGUGAGACAUACAUCAAGCAAUGCUUGGAAACAAAGGACUGGUGGGCUAAAGCCAUUUUGCUGUAUCAGAACGCCGACUGCGUUGAGUUCCACAUACACAACUUGCUCACCUUCUUUCCCAUUGUCAUCGAGGCUAUCGAAAUGGCAGGACAAAUAUCGGACUACGACCAAGAGGAGAUGCAGAAGAAGAAGUUCGUUUACUCGAUUAAGUACCAGAAAGAUAUGAAAGAUCCAAGAAUCUUCCAGUGGAUAUUUGGAGAGCAGUACUUGGUUUCUCAAGAUUUCUGCAACCGGUUGGAUUCAGUUUGGGAAGAAGACAGGUGGUUUCUGCUCAAGACAAUCAAAGAUAAGAAGACCUCGGGCUGUUUAACUUCAAAACGUGAUCGUCGACUGGCUGAUGUACUUUUGAAGUACUUGAAUUGCUCGGAGACAUCGAUGGAUGACGUACUACUACCUAGUGCAACUUUAGUGAAUUCCAAGGACUACCAAGUUAGGAGGAGGCUGGGAAAUGGGAGCCAAUAUAAGGAGAUUCAGUGGCUCGGUGAGAGCUUCGCUCUAAGGCACUUCUAUGGGGACGUCGAGACGCUGGUUCCUGACAUAUCUAAAGAAGCCGCUCUUUCUCAUCCAAAUAUACUGCACAUUCUGUGUGCUUUCACGGAUGAAGAAAAAAAGGAAUGUCACUUGGUCAUGGAACUCAUGAAUAGAGAUCUGUCAAGCUAUAUCAAGGAGAUUUGUGGGCCGAGAAAACGAAUUCCCUUUACCCUUCCAGUUGCAGUUGAUCUAAUGCUGCAGAUAGCAAGAGGUAUGGAGUAUCUCCACUCAAAGAAGAUCUACCAUGGAGAGCUGAACCCCUCUAACAUCCUUAUAAAAGCCAGGAACACUGGCACAGAUGGUUAUUUGCACGCCAAGGUUUCAGGUUUUGGCCUGUCCUCGUCUAUUAGUAGUCUUACUCCAAGGACGCCCACAAGCCAGAACGGCCAGCUUCCAUUCAUCUGGCAUGCACCAGAGGUGCUGGCAGAGCAAGAACAAUUUGGAGUAGGAGAAAAUUCUAAGCACACGGAGAAAUCUGAUGUAUACAGCUUUGGGAUGAUUUGCUUUGAGCUCUUAACUGGAAAAGUCCCUUUCGAAGAUACCCAUCUUCAAGGAGAUAAAAUGAGCCGCAACAUUAGAGCAGGCGAGAGACCACUGUUCCCUUUCCAUUCACCUAAGUACAUUACAAACUUGACAAAAAAGUGCUGGCACAUUGAUCCAGGCCAACGGCCAAGUUUCUCGUCUAUCUGUCGUAUACUUCGGUACACUAAGCAUUUCUUGGUUAUGAACCCUGAAUACAGCCAACCAGAUGCGCCAAUGCCUCCAAUAGACUUUAGUGAUCUUGAGGCUGGGAUGUUAAGAAGCAUUCCUUCAGUAGUAAAUUCCAAGUUGCUGUCAGUAUCACAAAUCCCAUUUCACAUGUUUGUGUAUAGGGUAAUGGAGAGGGAAAAAGCAAAUACAAGUCAGAGGGAAAACUAUGAAUCAGGCAGCGAGGGAACUUCUACAUGUGGCGAAGAGAUUAUACUGGCGGAUGACCCGUUGGCAUCGCCGACAGAAAGGAGAUCCUUGCCUUCUCCUGAAAUUAUGAUCAGGAAGCUUACAUUAUCAAAGAGAUCAUUAGAAAUCAAGACCAGCAAACAGCCAGGGACUCCUAAGGGAAGAUCAGUAAGACCUCCACAUACUCCACGCACGAUGAGGAUGAAUUCCGAGAGUCAGCUUAUGAUGAUGAGUCCAAGAACACGCAGAACAUCCGGUCAUGUCUCAGAUUCUGAAUUACCCUAGUGUUGCUCAUUAUCACAAACCAUUUCACUGUCUUUUUUGGGGGGAUAGGGUAGGCUGAUGUGACUGGAGCCACAGAUGUCAAAUCUAUGUGCAAGAAGAUCUCAAACACAUAGCGAGCUCAUUAUUGUAUUGAGUUGCUAGAUGUUUGAUAUCCAUCUACAGAAGUGAUUAAAUUAUAAAUGGACAUACCAGAUGAUGUAUUUUUUCACAUAAUCUGCUGUUUCUUGACUUUUUCUUGUGACCUUGAACAUCAUAGGAUGUUUUACUGCAGCUUAUCAACAUGUCUGGUUUUCCUCUAAUAUUAUGACAGACUGGUAGUCACAUUCAUGCGAAUAUCAGAAAACAAGUACGUCGACUUGAAUGUACCUCACUCACCACUCCG